GAUAGUAUCCUUUAUCAUUUUAAUAUAGUUUACAUUACUAUAAAUGUUGUUAUUAUGAUAGAUAUUGGGUUUUUGUAGGAAAUUCAGCACAUCUUGGUGGUUUUGGCUGUCUUGGACAGGAGUUUUUAUGGCUUGUUCAAUAAGUGUGAAGUUUGUUGGCUUGUUUGUGGUUCUUCUAGUUGGCAUCCAUACUCUUUAUGAUUUAUGGAACAUACUUGGAGAUUUAAACACACCUAUUACUCAAGUGAUUAAACAUUUCACUGCACGAGCAGUCUGUCUCAUUUUGCUCCCUGCCAUUUUGUAUGUCACCUUCUUUUAUAUUCACUUAAAGACACUAUACAAAAGUGGCUCUGGUGAUGGAUUUUUCAGCUCAGCAUUUCAAUCCCAGUUAGAAGGAAAUUCACUUUAUCACGCUCAUAUGCCAAAAGAUGUAGCCUAUGGAGCAAUUGUCACUCUAAAAAAUCAUAGAACAGGUGGUGGCUAUCUUCAUUCUCAUUGGCAUCUUUAUCCUGAAAGCGUUGGAGCAAGGCAGCAACAAGUGACUGCUUAUUCUCACAAAGAUGAAAACAACAAGUGGUUAAUUAAGAAGUAUGACUCUGAACCAGUUCCUAUCACCAAGAAUUCUCCAAUAGAACUAGUCUCCAAUGGUGACUUGAUACGCUUUGAACACGUUAUAACUAGAAGAAAUUUACACAGUCACAAAGAAGCAGCUCCUAUUACUAAGCGUCACCAACAAGUCACAUGUUACGGUGAGAAUGGUACAGGUGAUGCAAAUGAUGUGUGGAAAAUUGAAAUUGUGGGAGAGGACAAGAGAGUCCCCGUCACAACUGUAACCAGCAAAUUAAGAAUCACUCAUUAUUUGACUGGAUGCGCUUUACAUUCUCAUUCUAAACAACUCCCAAAAUGGGGAUAUGAACAAAUGGAAGUGACCUGUAAUCCAAACAUCCGUGACUCUACCAAUUUGUGGAAUAUUGAAGAUAACUAUUUCCCAAAAUUACCGAAUGUAAGUUUUGAAGUUUAUGCUCCAUCAUUUGUUGAGAAAUUUUUGGAGUCUCAUGCUGUUAUGUUUCAAGGAAAUUCUGGGUUGAAACCUAAAGAAGGGGAAAUUACAUCCAGACCCUGGCAGUGGCCAAUCAACAUCAGGGGUCAGUUUUUCUCUGGGCAACAACUUAAGAUCUACUUGCUAGGUAACCCUGUGAUUUGGUGGGGAAACUUGCUUCUUCUUGCAAUAUUUUUAUUUCUGCAACUUGUGCUUGCUGUGAGGGAUCAAAGGGGGUUGAAACAGAGUCCUUCAGUCAAAGAAUUGAAUGAUGUUUCAACAAAUGCCUGCUUCUGGCUCUUUCUCGGUUGGGCAUUGCAUUACAUUCCUUUCUUUGCGAUGAGCAGAGUUUUAUAUUUUCAUCAUUAUUUUCCUGCCCUUCUCUUCAAUUCAAUGUUAUCGGCUGUUGUUAUCAACUAUAUACUCAAAGUGUCACCUGUUUUACUGCCAGAAAAUAUUGCAAACAUUGCAUAUCAUCUUUUGUUGGGUUUUGUCCUUGCCAGUGUUGUCUACAGUUUCAUUUUGUUCAGUCCUUUGGCAUAUGGUAUCGACGGUUCUGCUGAAUCCAAUGGUACAACGAGUAAAAUCAAAUGGUUAGAAUCAUGGGAAUUUUGAUUUUUUUAUGGCAUUGUCAUCAAUUUUUAAAAAUCAAAAUUUAUUAUCAUUUUUGAUGUACAUUUUUAUAUUUUUGUUGUAUGCAACUUUUUAUACAAUAUGAACAGUUUGAUAAAUACUUAAGUAUGUUAUUUUUGUAUUGGUCGGUGACCACUAAGUUUUUAGCCUUUUGUAUUAAAAGAUGUAAAUUUAUUUUUGUACAU